AUGGAGAUCGGCCUCGUGGCGAGCCACGUCAGGGGAGGGGCGGGGCGCCGCGCGGUGCUCGUUCGCCCGCCGCUUGGGACGGGGGGCCCGUCAUCCCACGCGCGGGGCAUGGCCGCCGGCGAGGAUGGGGCUGGGGGGACGCCGGACGGAGAGGCGGCGGCCGGGGGGGCUCGGGGGAGGAGCGCUAGGGUUCCAGGCGCGGCCUCGGGGUGGAGUGCGGGAUUGGGGGCGAGGGAGCCCAGACGGGAGCCAGAUAGACUGGCGGACCGCGUGGGCCGGCCCACGGGCGUCCGCAGGGGGGAGGCCCAGUACAGAGGGCAUAGCGGCCCGGCAAGGGGCAACCUGCCCAGGGAGCGUCCGACCCAGAGCCUCACGGCCCAGCCAGCGGGGCAGGGGGAUGGGCGUGAGCGUCUUCCACCUCCCGCCGCCGGACAAAUUCGUCCCCGCCGGACAUGUCCACCCGCCACCUCACUCCAGCCAAUAGCAGGCUACCACGUCGCCUUCCCCGCCGCCUCAGCCAACCGGCGCGCGCCACCUCACCCCGCCUCUCUCUCCUCCUCCCCGCCGCCGGCCCGCGCGGCCCGCAGCCGGCCCGUGGGGCCCGUCCGCCGCCUGCCCGAGCGUUCGCGCGCCGCGCGCCUGUCCCGCCCCCGCCGCGACCCGCGGGCGCCGCCGCCGCAGCUCCUUUCUCCGCCGUCCCGCCGGCGUGUCUCGCCGUCCCCGCGCCGCCCUGGCCGCGCCGUCCCCGUGCCGCAUCGCUGGAUCCCGCCGGCCGUCGCCACGGGGCGCCGCGCCGCCGCCUCCCGCGGGCGCCCGAGCUCCGUGCCCGCCGGACCUCGUCGCCGCCGGUGA